AAAAGAAAGGACCUCGCGUGUGUCCACACGGGGACUGGACUGCCGGUUGCGGCGAUGGAGUGCGCGGCGAAGGGGCUGGCCGCGGAGCCGUGCGCCGGCGGCGUCGCCGACCGGCGGUGCGGCAGCUGUGGGGCCGUCGCCUACUGCUCCCGCGCCCACCAGAUUAUACAUUGGAGAGUUCACAAAGAAGAAUGUGAAAGAUUUGCAGAGCAAAUGAGGCGUGUCAAUCUGCUGAGCCAGUUUCCGUUCACAUUCUUAGAACCUCCUACCCUGAACCAUGAAUUACCAAGUACAAGGUUCUUCUUUUUGCAAACGAUCAAACUUCACGAGAAAGGGCUCUGGAAAUCAGAAUGUAUAUGUGGCUCAGAUGUUGCUUCUGCGAAAGACUUAAGCAUAGCAGCUGAAUGGAACUUGCAAAGCUCCCUCUGCCCAUGUACAGAGCCUGAAAAUCCUGUGCCUGCGGUCCUGGCAAGCUGGGAAGACUAUUAUCAGUGGAGAUCCCUUCCCUUGCAUUCACCUGUUGCUGUUUUACUUCAUUGGCCACUUACUCUAUAUCAUUGCCUUCAACUCUAUCGCCUCCAAACCUCAAAAUAUGAUGGCCAGGACACCCUGUGCAUUCACUAUUUAGGGCCUGAGAAGGAACUACUACAGCUUGCAACGUUUGGGGAACUACGUGCAUUAUUUCCAGGUGUGCAGAUUCACAUUGAACUUGUGGGGCCAGAAGUUCCAAAAUCUAGGGAUGGUGAGGUUGUAAAUAUUUCCAGAUAUGCACGUUGUUCUGAUGAGAGCUGCUGUUGUAAAUCUUCUGUUGGUUCUGAAGACUCGAGUUGCACUGCUGUGAGACUCAAACUGUGGAAAGGUUUCUAUCAUGAGAGAUGCAGUGAUAUAAUGAAGGACUCAAAACCUCAUCUUAUUGUUGCCCCAAACGCUGGUGUGGCUGCAUAUUCUAGUUGGAUGCCAACUAUUGAAAUAAUAAGGCAGACUGGGAUUCCUGCAAUUUUUACGGACUUCUGUGAAGAAGCUGCGUAUUUAGCUUCGUGCUGCAUAAGCUCCAUAACUGGUCAACCCCUCAAAAUUCCAAUCCAGGGUAGUCUGUGACAGGCCUGGGAACCUCUGCUUCAAGCACAGGAGCAGGCUCCUCGCCCUACUUGCAAGGACCAGAUUCUUGUCUCCAUCAGCAUUCAGCUCGGUAACAUUCUCCCAUUUGGACACCACGUGUGUCGUGCUUGCUUUUCUUCGCCACACAUACAUAGCGGCUUCGACGCGGUCUGCAAUCUCAAGCGCCUCAUGUUCUGAGCUCAAAUUGAGGAAGUUGAGGAGAUGCUCUGGGGAGAACUGAUCCCCUGUAGACAUAUACCGGUAGAUGGCAUCGCCUACGCCCACCCUUCCACUCUGUGGAGUAACAUAACAUCUAUCAAAAGGGAGCAAAUGGGUGGUUGGUGUGGUGGUGAUCUGUUGUAUUUGUGAGUUUUUUUUCUCUGUAUUUCAUCUUCUCUAUCAAUGUACAGACCAGCAGUUUAACCUGCCUGCUUCUGUUAAAAAAAAAAGGGGGAGCAAAUGGAGCUUCUUGGCAGAAUGAGAGAGUUUGGAGACACUGUCUGUGAUGAUCAGAUUAUGCAAUUGACAUAGUACCUUUGGAAGAGUCUCCAAGUAUGACGAUGGAACUUGCAUUUCAGAUAGGAUACUGCUGUUGAUCUCCAUGGCCAUCUUGUGGAUCUGGCUCGCUUGGUCUCUCUUCUGCUGCAGUUCACGGUGCAUGCGAUCAGACAGGCCAGAGUCUGGCACACAUGGCUCAGGUAGCCACCAUUUGUCCUCGCUGCGCUGGAAUGACUUCUUGCUUUCGUUGAAGGAUUGGUUCCUCUGAUCUGCAUACCAGAACUCUCGCUUGUCAAAGCUGUCCAAUAUACCCUGCAAAAAAAAGAAAGAAAUUCAGUCAUAUAUUUUGAUUCCGAAAUCGAUUGCUUGGAGCUUCCAGGAUCAUGUGAAUCGAGACUAACCAGGAGCAUGGUUUCUAGCUUCUCAAGUGCGGGAAGGUUCAUCAGAAUGUCUGAUCUUGGUGAGGUUGCCAUAACCUGUUGGAAUUGAAACGUGAAUCUCAGCAGACAUAGCCAUGAGAAUUAAGAUGAAGCUUUUCAAGAAGGUUAGAGAUGAUGGAUGAUCUGAUGGCUUACGUCGUGGGUGCUACCAUCUGGCAUGGCCUGGACAGUCGGCGAGAAUUCGACAAUGUAUUCGCAGAUGGAGAGGAGGCAAUCCAUCUCCCUGUUCCACAUUGAUCUCUUCUCAGGUGGCAGUGGCUCCAACCUGUGGCAGGUUCCGAACACAGUUGCUGCAGCCAAGAACAUCCAAAGAAGUUAGAACACUGUAUUCUGCAUCAACAUGAGUUUAAAGGAUGAAUCCAUCUGGAAUUUUUACAGAUAGAUACCAUAGAGGUUUGUGAUGGCAUUGGAGAUGGCUACAGCAGUGCAGACACCUUUGCCGCUCCCUGACAUGUCCUCCCCAAGGAGCAGCUUGGUGUACUUCUCCUUCAUCAGCUCCAUCUCUGAACAGAAGCCAUCAAGCUUUAUAAGAAAAACACCUCAACCUCACAUCAGGAAGAACAGGUAGUGAUCCAUUGCCUUCAUCCUCCAUUGACUUCUCAUCGACAACUUGCUGCAGCUUCUUCAUGCUCAUCUUGCUCCCUGACGACGACGAGAGGCGCGAUGGUGCUGCCACCUUGGACGACGCUGUCCGGCUCAUGCUCUGGCUGCGCCCCCGAGGUGACGGCGCGUGGCGCUCCUGCUCAUCGCCGCUGCCGGAGAACGAGGCGACGCGGAACAGCGGACGCGAGUACUCCCGGUCGUAGCUCUGGCUGUGGAAGCCGGGGAACCCUGAACCGUCGCCCAUCGCUCGCUGUUCUUGGUCGCGCUGCCCGUCCAAAGCCUAGUUCAGACGACCUGCAGGAGAGAUGAGUUGCACAAGAAUGGCGACGAGCGCCAAGAGGAGAAGGCUUUGUUUUCCUUUUGAUGAUUUGGAUGAGGAUUGUUACAGCUCUAUGGAGACUGGACAGCAACAACAACAAGGCUUAGUCUGGCGUGCCUGACCAUAGGGCGUUUAAAAGAUGUUAAUUGUAUGGCAUGUGAGCCAUUUGCCCCCACAAUCAGGACAUUUUAAUUGCGUUGUUGGUUGGAGUGAGGUCGUGCGAGUUCAUGACUGUCGUCGUAAACACUCAGGAAGGUACGCGAAAAUGGUAAAAACUAGCACUGGUUACGUUGCAUUUCAA